UAUGCCUACAUAUAUGCCCAUGUACAUGUAACAGCCACAACCAUACGGCCCACCAUGCUUCUCUUCUGCCCAACAUGCAGCAACAUGCUGCGCGUCUCUGCUGUCCCGCCUGGCGACCCUACCACCGAGGACUUUGUUGGCCAGAACCGCUUCGAGUGUCUCACCUGUCCCUACCACUUCGUCAUCAACAAGCGCUACUAUGAACGCAAGUAUAUGAAGAAGAAGGAGGUCGAGGAUAUCCUGGGAGGAAAGGGCGCGUGGGACAAUGUCGACAAGACCGAAGUACAAUGUCCAAACGAAAAGUGCAGAAACCACGAGGCAUACUGGUACCAGCUGCAGAUUCGCAGUGCCGACGAGCCCAUGACGGCUUUCUACAAGUGUACCCAAUGCGCUAAAGAGUGGCGAGAAUAGACUAUCGCCAUUUCUAGCACACAUGCAUACGUUUGAGGAGUUUGGGAGCAGUCAAUGUUUUGGUAUACCCCGGUUGAGUUUCUACAAGUGUGAAAAAAAGUACACCAUCGUCCUUGCGCAGCAGUGACGCAGUCCGAUUCGCUGGUCUAGCAUUUCAUUCAAAAGCAUCACAAAACUAACGUAAAGAUUUUCAAAUCCUGGCGUAGGCUCGCCAAUAAGCCACCUGAAUAAAAUUUGAUCUACGACCAAAAAAAGAACAUGUUGAAGAUGAAAAAGAAAUGCGGCAUCACAGCGUACAUGCUCCAAAUCUAGCGUACAAGCACCGUUUCCACCCCCAUCAUCCUCACUUAUGAAUUCUUCUGCGCCAUCGUCCCCUCUCUGCCAAUUAUCCCAAACAUUGGCACAACACUAUCACUAAUCCCCUGCACCUU